AUGGCUGCGCCCUCGGGACCGAGAGGACCCGCAGCCUCCGGCCCGUUUCAAGCCUUCCCGUUCCCGGUGGGCGGCCCGGCACCGGAGGACGGUCCCGGGAAGGAGCCGCAGCAGAGCGGGGAGCAGCCGAAGGAGAAGCCGUGUCGGGCCUGCACGGACUUUAAGUCGUGGAUGAAGACCCAGAAGAAACAGACGACAGCGGCUGCUCAGGGGGUCGGAGCCACAGAGUCCGAGCCACCAGAGGACCCACAGUGUCCGCUGGACAGGGAGGAGUUGGGACGUAACUCCUGGUCCUUCCUGCACACCAUGGCGGCGUAUUACCCCGAGCGUCCGUCCUCCUCACAGCAGCAGGAGAUGGGACAGUUCAUCCACCUUUUCUCCAAGUUCUUCCCCUGUGAUGAAUGUGCAGAAGACCUCAGAGGAAGAUUAAAAACCAACCACCCGGACACCACCAGUCGCCACGCGCUCUCUCAGUGGUUCUGUCGUCUCCACAACGGCGUCAACGUCCGGCUGGGGAAGCCCGAGUUCGACUGCUCCCGUGUGGACGAGCGGUGGAAAGACGGGUGGAAAGAUGGUUCCUGUGAUUGAGGGAUUGUGUCGGGAGCGCUGAGGGACGUGAGGACUGAGGCGGAGACAAUAACUUCCUCCUGUCACUGUGGGAACAAGCUCAGGUCUCGUGUUGUGGAAAAACCUACAUGUGAAGAGUGAGGUCAAAAGGCUCGUCUUGCUUUGUGGUUAGUUAUUAUAACUAUAAUCAUAACUGUUUCUCAGGUCAGGACUUGAAGUUACACUCGACCUGCUGUUAAUUCAAGUUAACGAGGAGAGUUACAAAUACAUUCUACGUGUGAAACUGAGAACAUGGAGGAACACUCACUACGUUGUUCUUCUGACUCAUGCUUGUGUGUUUUUGACCAAUUUAGCUUCUGGAUUGUUUGUUUUUUUCAGAUCACAAAUUGGAUUCAUCAAUUAAACAUGUUGGUUUCUAGGCUGUAAGCUGUGUUUUGAAAUCUUGUUUGACAAUCUAUGUAUUUGAUUAGAUUAUAAAAAUAAAAUACCAAAUAUGUCACAGAAAUAUAUAGAUUUAUAUUUUACAUAGUGAUGAUUGCAGAAUGUAUUUUCUUGAACCAUGUUGUGUGUGUUUGUGUGUUUUAAUUAUGAUUUGGUGCUGAAAUAAUUUAAUUUUCAAAUUAAAUGUUAUUUUGCGUCAUUAAUAAAUACAGAUAUGUUGUUGGUCACAUCUUCA